AUGAUCGUCACCCGCGUCGCGGCUCUCCUCGCGGUCCUCCGCCCCCUUGCCUCCAGCAGCGAGAGGUCCAGUCCCCCUAAUAACCUCCCAGUGCAAUCCUAUCACACCGGCGCAGGCCUCAACGACGUCGCCCUCGUCUCCGAGGGUGGCUCCGCCGGCUACCUCAACGGAACGUACCAGCAGUUCGACCUGAAUGGCGCCACAUUCCCCAGCGGCCUCGUACUAGCUUAUACCGAAACCUACACCAGGUGGUUGCGCACGGAACUAAAUGCCGGCUACGGCGACAAGGGAUUCUCGUUCAACGGGAGCGGUUUGGUCUCUGAUAACCCGCAGUUCCAGGGGUGGUUGGCGUGUGACUGGAACCACGGUGUUGCGCAGCUGUUCUGGCUGUACUACUUCAGUGACACCAAGCUCCCAAGCAGCUGUUCUAAGGUGGAGCUUCGCCCUGUUGAUCUUGCUUAG